ACAUCCGUUAUUAUCUAAUCAUACUAUUCAAGUUGCGGCGUAUUUCUCAUUAUUUUAUUAUUUAUAUGUAGUCACAACUCUACUAUUCCAACUUGUGAGACGUCUACAUUUCAGUUUAUAAACCUAAAAGCCAUACUCCAACCAAAUAUGCAUUUAUUCACUGCAGAACAAAAUUUAGAAAACGCUGGUAAGUGAAUUUCAAACAAAAACCAUAUAGUUGUUUUAGAUUUACGUAGUUCCCAGUAUUAAUAAUUUACAAAUUUUAGAUCAAUCAGCAGUGGCUUGUUUUAAUUGCAAAGGUCAGUCAAAUAUUUCAAAUGAAGAAUUUGUCAGAAAUGAACAAAAUUACAAUAGUUUUACAGUAAAUGACAACGAAAUUCAAUAUGAUCAUUCCACAUUAUUUGGUUAUUCAUUUCAUAAUGGUCAUAGUUUACUGUAUGAUAUUCCUAUAUUAUUUAAAAUGGCAAAGUAAGUAAAUAUUGGUUUGAUUUGUUUUAAUCAUCUAUUUAUAAGUAUCUACAUUAUAUAGGUAAUUGUUUAAUUUAUUUUUAUGUUUAGAAAACAUUUGUUAAUUUUAAGUUCUGUUACGCGAGAUCAAUAUAAAACAUUUAGGUCUCAUGAUCAAAGUAAUUGCAAAAAAAUUAAUUAUUCUGAUGUUAGACAAAAAAUUGCAGAGUUUCUUUUAUUUUUACGGAACAAUUUUAAAAGGUAUUAAAUAGCUAUUUAAACAACCCAUUUAUGAAAACAAAAUAUAAUAUCAGUUUUUGUAUAGAAUUAAUUCAUGUGAGAAUUAUAAUUGGUUGAUGGAAUCUCAAGAAAAAAAAGUUGUAUCUGAACUAGAAAAUUUAUACUCAACUCUAGGGCAGUUUCAUAAUUUAUCGGAAACUGUUAUACAACAUGCGUUGUCUUCAUCUGACAGCAAAGUAAUUAGUUUUACAUUAUAAUAUUAUCAAGUACAUAUAUAUUAUAAUUAGGGCUCGAGACUUUUACUACAAAUCCACAAAAAAGCAUUUAAAAAGUAAAAAAAAAUAUUUUAAAAUGCAAAAACAGUAAAGGAGUAUAAAAUUCCCCUUUGCCAACUCAAACAUAUUAAAUAUAAAUUCUUUAAUACUUCAAAAAUGAUGAUUAAUGUAUUUUUUUACAAUAUUUACAUUUUAUUUUAAAAAAUUGCUUUUUGCUGAUAAUUUCUGUGACAUUCAAAUAUUGUAUUUAAAGUUAAAACCAUUACAGAUAGGCAUUUAAAUCAUUUACCAUUUUUACCUUUUAAAUGUUUUUAAGUGAUUUUUUCAUGGUCUUUGGCGUUUUUAAACACUUGUAGAUUUAAAGUGCUAAAAGUCCAUGCCCUGAUUAUAAUACUUGAAUGGUGAAGAUUUUGAUGAAUUGCAAUAAAAUUAUUCACAAAUUUUAUUACCGGGCACUUAUGUGGUUAUGUAAUAGUUCAAAGUUUAUUUACUAAUAUUAAAUACUACUUUUCUGUUUUCUAUAUAUAGAACAAUAUUUAUUACCAUUUAUAUCAUAGUCAUUUGGAUGUUCGGUGGUUUCAAUUGUCGCUGCUUUCUGAACUACCUAAAAGUCGAGAUGCUUUAAAAUGUUCUUUGCAGAGUGCUUUAAAUGAUUUAGUACAAUUGACUAGAAAUAGAUUUAAAAAAGUAAAAUAACCAACUAUUUGUUUAAUAUUCCUUUCUUUUUUUUUUAAUUUUAAUUUCAUUAUAGCUCAAAUCCAAAGAUCUCAUUUCCAAAAAUGCUCUAUUUUGUGAAUGUACUUAUGAUUAUUUGGUUCUCAUACAGUAUUUAAUUAAUAAACAAGUAUUACACAAUUCAGAGGUAAGUUAAUCGUAUGAAUAUUAUUUUUUUUAUCAGUUUUAAUUUAUAAAUAAUUGUUAAUUAUUAACUUUUGGUUUGACUGUCAUGUGGUUUUUUUUUUUUUAUCAGAACUUUUGGCAGUUUUUCAAUACAAUUUGCACACAUGUCAAUGUAGUAGAUUGUGAAGAACUUAUUUUUCAAUUAUGGUUUUUAAAUAGUUUACAGAGAUCUAAUAUAUUAUUAUCUAUAGUAAGUUGUAUCUGUGUUCUAUAAUAAUAUCUUAUUUAAAAAGUAUACAAAUAACACUCAAAAUUAAAUAAUCAGAUAGUAGUUGUUCUAAUUAUUUUAGAUUCUGAAUAGAACAAAAAAAAACUAUUAGUUUGUAUUUUUAACUUCUGUAUUAUGUGAGAAUUAAAGUCUACUUGCAAAAUAAAACAGUUAAUUUUAAAAAAAUCUUAAGUUUAGUAACUUAUUUUUAAAAUGAUUUAAUUAUACCCUUUACGAGAGUCUUCAACUCUUUGUGUCAUUUUGUUUUGUGUGAAAUACUUCUAAUUGGCUCAUAUUAUCAUGGUAGAUAGAUUUUGAUCGUCUAAGACGUUACCAUGACUACUGCAAAGUCGAAUAAAUUUAACUUUUGGCCAUGCUGAUCAUAGCUGGUAACGUCAUAUCAGUUAUUAUGAUCACACAUUUUUUUAUUGAUCACUACUAGUUAUUUAUUUAUUUUUGUUUUUUUUAUCGUUAUUUAAAAAUUAAAUUAAUGUGAAUACAUUAGUCAUUUAAUAAUUUAAUAUGAAAUUUUUGAAGGUAAAUAAUACCUAAUAAACAAAUUAAAUUUACCUUGUAAUAUAACUUUCUUCUAAUUAUAACAAAACAUUUUAUAUUUAAUAAUAUAAUAAUGAUAUUAUAUUUUGAAUCAAAUUUGUGGUGAAUAGUAAAUGGUGAUAGAACAAAGGGUAACAAAUUAUUUUGUGCAAUCAAAAAGAAACAUGUUGUGUUCAAAACACACAAAAUAAAACAACACAAUGAUUUGAGGACUCUCCUUUAUAGUUAAUAAUUUUGUCAUUACAAUUUUAAUUUGUUUGCAUAUUGUUGUAAAAACUAAGGGAAAAAAAAACUCAUCAAAUUGAGAAUAAUAAUUGUCAAAAAUGUUUAAGGAACUUUAUUUUUAUAUUUUAAUGAACUGGGUAAAAAAUAAAUGUAUUUAUUGUACUCUUGUGUACAAUGAACACAUUUUAGGGUUUUUUUUUAAUCUCAUAUAUUAUAAUAGGAAUACAAUUAUUAUUUACAAGUUUUAGCCUGAGCCCAUUGUACAAUACCAGAUGUAUAUUUAUUAAUAAUCUUUUACAUACUAUUUAAUACUAACACAAUUAACUAUUAUUUAACUAUCAAAAUAAAUAACUUAUGUUUUUAAUAAGGACUUAAAAGAUAGCAGUUUAGUAUCUAUUAUUAAAGAACUUCUUAAUAACAACCCUAAUGAAGCCCAAUUGAAGUUGUCAAUUUGUUUAAUGGAAAAUGCUGUAUUAACUUCAUCUAUUACUGAACCUGUUAUUACAUUAUGGGAAUAUUUUCAUAAAAGAUUUAACUCUACAUUCUAUUCAUCUGAUAUGAAGAUUCAGAACAUUGCUUGUAUCAGGUAAUAAAUAAUGCAUUAUCUGUAUUAAUUAAAUAAAUAUUUAUUUUGAAUUUUUGGGGUUUUAGUAAAAAUGGUUCUGAACUUCUUAUUCAAAUGACAAAUUUAUUUUCCGCUCAAAAAGCUGAAUUAUUAUCCAACUACAAUAGUUUUCAACUGUUUCAACGAUUACUUGGUAUGAAAUUAUUUUCAGGUUAUCAAAACUUUUAACUCACAAUUUAGGGGAAAGUUAAAUUUAUAAAAUUACAUAAUUAUAUAAAAUUUACUUUUAACUAUUCUAAAAAUUAUAUUUUUAGGUCUUCAUUUACAAAAUAUAAAAUACAACUCAAAAGAUUGGAAUCAAUUAAAAGGAAGAAUUUAUUCAAAAUUCUCACCAAGUAAACUCAUGUCAUUUAAUGAUAUUGGGUUUUACAAUUUUACAACUUUGUUCUUAACAUUGGCUAUAAUGUCGGAUGAUACAUCACAAAUAGUAAUAAAUAAUAUGCUCAUGAUAAGAAUUAUUCCAAUCAUUUUUUUUUUUAUUACAAUUUUAGGCACUUAAAUACCAACAUCUUGUAAAAUUAAUUUCUGAACAAAAAUUGGAUCCAAAUAUUAGAUUAACAUAUUGGAAAGGUACAGUAGCGUUUUUAAUAUUACAUUCACAGCGAAACACUUCAAUGACUACAUAUGGAUCUGCACUAUCAGAUACAUUAAGCACUACAUCUCAAGAAUAUAUUAUUGUUUUUUUGGGCGGACUUAAAGAAAUAUUUACAUUCAGCAAAUCUUUAGCUCUUGGCCAACAUACUCUUAUUGGUAAUUUAAAACAAAUUUUUGCUAUUAGGAUAGUGUGUUUAUUAUUUUAUAAAAAUUUUUGUAAAGGUAUUUGGUUUGAAAAUUAUCUUAGUACAAUAAAACCGUUGGAUGAAAAUGAAGUUUUGCAAACAACUUUAUUCAUACUGGAGAAACUUAAAAAUUUAGCGAAUGAUCAACUUAUGCCGUUUCCACAUGGUAACAAUAUAAUUAUUUAUUAAUAUAAUUAUUAAACAGUUAUCGGUAACAGUUAAUUUUAUUUUUUACCUAAUGAAUUUUCAACUAUAGGAUAUAAGUCGUAAUUAUGCAAAAAGUGACUAAAUGAUUUAAAUAUAUAUUUUUUUAAUUUUAUGAAAUUUUGAUUUUAAUCAUUAAUUACAUGUUUCUAAACUAAUUAUGAUAGCACUUAAGACAUUUGAGUGUACCUAAAUAUAGAGGGAUGAAAUAAAACACUUAAACAUGUUUUUUUUUAUAUACUAUGUUACUUUUUGCAUAAUGACGGAAAUAUUCUUUAAGAAAUUUGUAUAAUAUUAAUUUCAAACAUACAUUUAAAUCAAACAAAAAUAUUAUACUGAAAUAAUUUAAAUACAUUUUGAUAAUCAAUUAUAAUUAGUUCAUAGAUACCUACAGUUUAUUUUUAUAUAAUCUCAUAACAAUACAAUAAAAUCUAAUGAAAACAUGUUAAUUAAAAAUUUAGGUUAACUAAGUAAUUAUUUUAUUGUAAUUUUUUUUAAAAGUAUUAUGAAAUAUUAUGUAACUUAUUUAUUGGAUAAUCAUGUGCAUAGAUUAAGUUCUGUAUACUGAAAGAAAAUCCUUUAAAAACUGGUUACCAAACGUUCUGAAAAAAAAAAAAAAAAAUGAAACAAUUUAUUGAUAAAAUAUUUUUUGUUUUAUAAAAAAAAUCACCUCUAUAAUUGCAUUGAACUAUAAGUUGUUUUCGAACAUUUUCAAAUAUGAAUGUUCUUCUGUUGUCAGCUAAAAUAGUCUUGUAGGGCGAAAAUGAUCGUUCUAUGUGAACAGAGGUAAUUGGAGCAUACUUGAAAUAUACCAAAUCAUUGCAAGUAAUAUCUUCUGCCAAUAUAUUAAGGUCGGUGGGUUCUUCAUCUCCUGUUAUGAUUUUUGAUAUUUUUUUUAAAGUAUUUAAUCCUUCAUUUUUUUUAAAUACAUUUUCUAGUUUUGUUAACACUGCUUGGCCGUGGGUUCCUUUUAAAUUUUGAAAUUUAGAUUCAAUACUCUCAAUAACUUUAAGGGAGUCGGCUAAUGGAACAUUUUGUUCUUGUAGUUGUUUAUUAGCUACAGUCAGUACUUCAAAAUUUGAUUUUAUGUAAAUCAAGUCACUUUGUAAUUCUGGUUCCAAUAUACAUAAUUUAGCUUUUUGAAUACUAACAACAUCAUUCUCGUCUAGUAAAUUAAUAAUACGAACAAUUGUUUCAAAAUGUUCGCAAUAAUAUAUUGCUGCAUCUAGCCAUGUUCCCCAGCGUGUUGUAAUGGGCUCUGGUGGCAAUUUAAUCCCAGGUGCCUCAGUUUUGAAUAAAAGAACUCGAGAUGGAGCCUUCCGAAAAGUUUUUUUUACACUUGAUAUUAAGUCGUCUACUGUAUGAAAUUGACCACGAAUUUCUUCGGCUACUCUGUGAAUUCCGUGAGCAGCACACGAAACGUGAACCAUUUUUGUAUACAAACUUUUUAAAACAGAACUAGCUUUUAUCAUGUAAGGUGCGGCAUCCGUUAAAAAUAACAAUACAUUGUCAUAAAGGAUAUCGCCAGGCCAUAUGAUUCCCAUUGCCUUUUCAAAUAGUUUGCAAAUGGUUGUAUGAUUGGUUUUUUCUGUUUCUUCAGAGUGUACUAAAAAUUUACUGCCAGCAACAUCAGUCUUGAGAAUUCCCACAAUAACAUUUGCUAUGAUGCGUCCAUCUACAUCACACGUCUCAUCAAUGGAGACCCAAAUUUUGUUUUUGCCAAUGUCGUUUUUAAUAUUCUCAAUAACUGUGUAGUACACGUCGUCAAUGUAUUCAUUACGAAGUGUAUUUUCGAAUGGUAUGUUUUUACCAGUAUAUUUUUCCAAAAAUGUACGAAAUUUACUGUUGGAAAGUUUAUUCAAUGGAAUGUUGGCGGCCAGUAAAGCUUCACACAAAUCCGUAUUAAAAGGCGAUCUAGAUGGCAAACCAAUUAUUAAAGAUUGUUUCGGCUCCAGAAUUUGAUAUUCUCUCCGUUUGAGACCUUUUGUAUGUUUAUACGUACGAAUAUGUUGGAUCACGUUGAAUUUUUUUUCGGAAUUUAUUGUAAUUUGGCACACUUUACAGAACAAACAGCUAUCAGUCGCGGCAAAAGUGUCGGAACCGAAUUUCGCAACGUAGCUACUCAAACGGCCGUAUAGAGAUUGUUUUUCUUUUGGCAUUUUCGAUGAUAACUCAACAAAUUACAAUGAAAUAAAAUGAAACUUACAGUCCAACACGAACGUGAAGUCACGACGAUCGCGGAUACGUAGUCGGUAAUCUUGUAAUGGUAAGGAGCGCGAAGUAUCAAAUAUUCAAAUAUUUUUAAACGAAUGAUAUCUUAUCGACGACUAACGUUGUGAAUAUGUGAUAUUUAGUUAACUAGGUAUCUUAGGUAGAUAUUCGCAUAUUUUUUUUUUGUCUAAUGAGUAUUAUUAUAAUAUUAUUCAACGUCGUUAUACUACUAUACUGCUACUAUACUACUAUUACCGAAUAUAAGCAACAAAAACAAAAAAAUAGUUUUCAGCGUUCACACCAAAUUGUUAUUAGAAUAUUAUUUUUGAUUACGAAUCGUAUUUAUUUGUUUAUAAGACUGACGACUGCAAAUUUCGGAGUAAAAAAAAAUAACGUUAAAAUACUUGCUGACAAAUUAUCGAAACAUUUGAUUGUCGUAGGUACGACACCAUUGAAUUAUAAAAAUAUUAUAAGUCUGCUAUUUCCACGCGUCCGAGUUCGCGUAACCGCGCAAGUCCGCGGGAACGAGACUACGCCCUACCCGUUCGUCGCGUAUAUUUGUAUCAUAGGUCGUCCACCCGAAAGCUGCGACCGUCGCGCUACACAGCGGGUUGUUGUCAAUAUUACUUACCGACGGCGAGUGUAAAAAAAAUCAAUAGUUAUAUGCCUUAGAAAAAAAAAAAAAAAACCCUAAAAUCUUUAAAUUAUGCAAAAUAAUUCUCUCUCAUUUGAACCGUACCUACAUUAUAAUGGUCGUAUUUUUACUCGUACAAUCGCACUCCAAUAUUGUGUGUAUAGAAAUGAGAUUCCUCCAUAUACCUAAGUCCUGAACAAAAAGAAACCUCUUGCGGUUUCUAAAUUAUUUAUCAAUCAAUUUGAUGACUUUUUUUUAUUUUUACGGGAUCGUUAAAUUUUCUAUCGUUGUUUUUCUAUAGACAUUAAUUGAAAAAAGAAAUGUGAAGGCCCAUCAUGACCGUGUCUUAUCCUUAUUCACGAUUUAUCUCAUAAAUUCUUAACCUACAGAUUGAAUACCGAGAUAUUAUGCUCAGUGGAUAUUUUUAAUCUAUCAUAAUAUAAUAGUACUAGGUGACACAAAUGUCGCGUAGGAAACAUUUUUGUCUCCUGUCGUUUCAUAUCCGUGAACCAUUCACACAUUUUGAAAAUUUCCAUGUACCUAAUAACAUAUUUUUAUACUUACCAAAGAGUUUAAGGUAUAUGUUAUUUUACAUUUAUAGCAACUUAUUAUUAAAUCUACAUAAUUAUAAGCAUUUAACGCACAAAAGUAAAAUUAAAUAUGUACAGUUAUUAUUUUAGAUUCUGAGGGUCUAUUGGUUUUUCUAUGGUAAAUCUUUUUUUUUUUUUUUUGUCUAUGAGCAAAUUUUCUACCAGAAAUCUUUCAUCGAUAUAUCAAGUGUAGCAUCUUUUCUGAAUUGAAAUUUUAUCUAGUUUGUGCAUUAAAAGGUCAUUUUUUUAAUUUUUCAAAGGGUUUUCAAAAUAGUUAGGAAAAACUAGAAAAACGGCAAAUAUGUAUGACUUCCUGCGUUAGCGAUUUCAUUGUUUUAAUUUGUAAAACUACGUUUUCUACUAGAAAUAUUGCUUGAUUCAAAAUGGUGUACCCAGGGAAAAGGCUAAUGAGGCUUCAGCAAUCCUCCCCCACACUAUUGGCCAUGUUAAAAAUAUUAAACAAUUCAGCAUUAGAAAAUUAUUAGUAAUUAAAUAAUAAUCAUUGCAUAUAUGUACUACUUAUUCAACAAAGUUCAAAUAAUUGUACCUACUACAUAAAAUUAUAUCUUUGACAAAAUAUUUUUUUUUUGUCAAGUCUCGUUAAUUAUGUUCAACAAAAUCAAAAAUCAAUAGCUAAAAAACUGUUAAAUAUAAUUAGUGUUUUUUUUUUUUUACAGAAAAUGAAACAUUUAUACUCUUUAAUUCACUGUACACUCAUAUGUUACCAUUUUUGAAAAAGUCCUGUUUAUCAGUCGACUGCGGUAUAAUUGUAGCAGACAUUGCUUCGAUAUUGACCGUUCUUUCAUCUCUACCAGCAUUUUCAAACACUAAAGUGAUGUUAUUCAAUUUUUUUGUUAUAAAUCAAGGAAUAAGUAUUAUGUAAGUGUUAAGUUAAAAAUUAAAGUAAAUGUUUACUAUUGAUUAUCAAAAUUUCCCAUUUAAGUUUUUAUAAAACUAGCUAUUAACUUUCAUUCAUAACAUAUAAACCAGAGUUUCCCAACCUUUUUUGAUUCACGGUACUUAUACAUCUAUACUCAAUAAUAUUAUAUUGUAUAUUUAUAUUUAUAUUUUGUAACUUCAGUUUUGUUAAGCUAAGUGCCUAAGUAUAAACAAUAGUAGUGGGUAUACACACAUAUUAUAUUUUAUAAAACAAAUAAUUACAUUGAACAUAAAAUAUAUAUAGAUAAUAUAAGAUAGAUAUAAAAAAAUAUGUAAAACAUUGCACUAUUAUUACUUACAACACUAUAUUUUUCAUGAAAUCGUUUUUUUCUUAAAAAAUAUAUUUCAAAUAAUUUCACAGCACCCUGGUUGUGAAACUCUGUUAUAAACUAUAUUAAUAAAUGUUGGCUAUAUAAAACCUAGUUGAAAUCUAAUUAACAUUCUCAUAUCCUCAAAAUAGUUAAGAAAACAUUUAAAAAUCCAUCAAUUAAUAGGUAUCAUCAAAACAUUUGUAUGCAAUUGUAUUUUAACCUUUUAAAAUUCAGAGUGAAUCAAGACAUUUUUUUUCUAUCUAAAACAACUAUUACCAGAAAUCUGGCAAAAAUCAUCAACUUAAAAGGUGGUUUCUAGUAAUAAGUUACAUCUAGUUUGUGCAUUGGAGUAGUCAUUUUUUAAUUUUCCUUGUAGUUUUCCUGAUUAUAAGAAAAAAAUAAGAAAAUGUACACCAAAUUGUAUCUAUUAUUUUCGAUUUUGUUUUAAUUCAGUGAAAAAUGAUUAGAGACCAGACAUUUUCAUCAAUUAUUAUAUUACAUUACAUCUUAGCUUUUUAUAGAUAUAAUAUAAUUUAAUAAAUGAUAAAGUUUUUUGGUUUUACAUUAAUAUUGUUUUGAAUAAAGUUAACAAUUUUUGCAAAGUUCAACAAUAUUGAAUUUAGUGAUUAAAAGAAUACAAAAUGAGCUUAAUGUUAUUGAAUUUUGUUCGGAUUUAUUGUUGCAUAUAGACAUAAAUUAAAUUAUUCUAUGUUUUUACCUUACCAACUUUACAACUUCGAGUAGCCUUUCUUAGUAGCUUUUUAAAAAAUGUGAUCCUUAAUAUUUCAACAUUGCCCCAACUGUAAUUUAAAUUUAAAAUACUAUUUAAAUAUAAAUGCACUACUUAUUCUGGUUCUUUCAAUGUCUCUUAAAGUGUUGAUUAGCACUAAGUUAACUGAUGUAAUUUUGCCAAUUUGUUGCGAAUUUCACUGGUUAUCAAAGUUAUACAGGUGGCUAACAAGCCAUUGUAAGAAUUGGACUUAGUUAAAUAAAAUGUGUAUAUUUUCAGAUUGCUUAACAGAUAUUUAUCACUUUUAAUCAAAGAAAAUGUCAUAACUAAUGUUCUUGGAUAUAAUAGUUUGGCUGUAAUUAAGGUAAUUAACAUAUUUUGUUUGAUUAUUAGACUUAUAGUUGUACACUGAAUUUAAUACUCUUUAUAAGUUAAUAUUUAUCACAUUAAAAUAUAAAGUACUUAUUUUUUGUAUUCAUCAGGCAUGGCUGCAUAGUUCUAUGUUGAUUACAAACCGGACCUUUAAUGAAACAAUCACUAUUACUCAAUUUAUUUCAAAUAUUAGUGAAAUAAAAGAAUUGUUUGCAAAUUCUGGAAAUGAUUUAGAGACAAGUGUUGAUCCGUUUGUCACUUUUUUAGAUCUACUGUCUAUAAAAUAUCAUCAAACAAAGGUACCAAAAUUAGUUAUUAACAAUUGGACAGCAAUAAUAUGUUAUCCUGCACUAUUAUUUAUUAUUUGUAUUAUUGUGAAUUACUACUACAGACAUUUAAUUGAAAAAUAUAAUAUUUUAUGUUAACAUGCUUGUAACUAGUAAAUUAUAAUAAUAAUUUAUUUUAUAUUGUUUAUAAUUUCUAGGAUAUUAAACUGCGCCAAAAGCUAUGUGAAAAAGUAUCAGAUUAUUUUUAUAGCAUUAAAAUUUGGGUGAAUAUUUUAAUCAAGCAACAUAAACAAAAUGAUGAGAUAUAUAGACUGUACAUGAUUAUUGGUUAUAUGUUUGAAAAAAUUUCACCAUUAAUUUAUAUCAAAGUUAGUGAAAUGUUACAUGUAUAACAUGUGUAACAUACAAUGUUACAAAUCUUUACUAUAUUUCUGAAAAAUACGUCUUGGUUAAUUGUUUUGUAUUUUAAUUUAGGGUAAACCGAAUACUAUUCUACAAGAGCUAUUGGAUUCCAUGUUGUUGGGCGUAUCUAUUAGGAAUCCCAAUUCUAAGACCCAUCCAAGUGUGGUAACUGCCCUUCUAGCCAGUGUACAUCGUUAUCUUAUUGGAUUAUUUCAUUUGAGUUAGUACAACUACAAUAGGUUCAUUACAUUAUUCCUGAAUGUUUCAUAACAAGAAUCUAUUAUAAAUGCAUUCAUUAUAUUUGAUAUAAUUUUGUUCUUUAGACCCAAAAACAGAUCCAUAUAUUGCUCGUUGCCUCCGCGAGCUAAUUUCUAUUUAUUUCCCUAAGAUUUUAGUCGGGGCUAAACCAUCAGAUGAGUUACCAUUGUUAAAGUUUUUUGAAGAAAAACCAGAUGAUGAUAUCACAGAACGUGCCUUGUUUUUAGAAUUAAUUGUAUCAAUUUUCUUAAGUAAACGUAAUCGAACACCCGAUAGCAGUGUUGCACAGGUAUGUAUUAAAUAGUAAUUAUUAAUUAUUGAAUAAUGUAUUAAUUUUUACAUACAGAUCUUAGAAUACAUAAAUAGUAUUAUAAAAUUAAAUCGUCAUAACAAAUUGGUUAUAAUAUCAAUUAUUCGGCAUUCAUUAAUGCGUAUCUGUUCAGUUUCAAUGUUCUGUGAAGAUGUCAAUAUUUGUAAGCGAAUUACUAAUGAGAUUAUUAACACGUUGAUUAAUAUAAGUUUAUCACAAUGUACUGAUGAAAUAAAGUAUACAAUUUUUUUAAUUGAAUUACUUAGAUAAAAAAGAGAUAAUAAAUUUAAAUUUACCGUUUUUUUUUAUAUAUAUAUAUAUAGACAUGAAAUUGUAUCUUCACUGAAUACUCUUUGUAUAGAACAUUUAGCAUUUUCUUCAAAAUUAGUAUUUGAUUUUAUUGACAAUGUGAUUAAGCUUUCACCAGAGAUUGUGACUUGUUUUCUACCAAAACUCAUAGAAAACAUAGAAAAAGUUGAAUGGAAACGAGGAAUUGGUUCAGAUUUUACUCUUAGGUAAUCUUAGUAUUUUUUUUUUUUAGAUAUUUAAAUUAUUGCAAUUGAAAUUUAAGAUUUGAUGUAACAUUACACAAUAAUUACAAAACAUAUAAUUUAACAUACAUUUGGUUUUAUUAUUCAUUUUUAUCUUGAUAUUUAAAUUUUUUUCAGGAAAGGCUUGGAGAGAAUUCAAAUAAAACUUGGCAAACAAUAACAAAAAUAUGUUGAUUUUUUUUUAAAUUUUAUUAAAUAUAUGAUUUUGUGAUAAUACAAAGUAGUAGUAAUUAUUUGAAUAUUUUUCCUUGAUUGAAAGGCCUGCCUUCUUUAUCAGUGGCUGUCCAUGCAAAGUACUCACUGACCAACUUUUUUGUUUCUUCACUGUUGGCAUCCAAUUUUUUCCAAGUGUAGACAUCAUAAUCAACUUUCCAAUCGUUACUCAUCUGGAAUUAUACAAAUAUUUAAUAUCACGUUAGAAAGUGCAAUAGUUUAUUAUACCUCAAAAGCAAGAUCUUGGCCUCUCCAAAUCCAAACACCAGAAAUAGAACUAUUUCCUUCAGUACCAAAUAAACAAACUGAUGCAAAAGCUUGCUUCCUCAUCUUAUCCAAUCGCUGGUACAUUCCUGUUAAGCAUUAAAAACCUAAUUAUUUUUAAAGGUAUCUUAUACAUAAAAUGUUGAGUCAUAAAAACAUACCCGAGAUAAGAUUACAGCUCAUGAACACUUUUUGUAGUUCAUUAUUGUACUUGUAUUCACCAAACCAAAUUGAAUAGUUUUCCUUAUCAAAGUGCUCCCAGAAGUAAGCAAUUGAUUUUGACUCUUCUUCAUUACUGUACACUUUUUUGAAUUCAUCCAUAUUGAAUGUGCUAAUAAAAUGUAAAAUGAUAUAACACUGAACAAAAUUCACGCUUAACUUUAUAAUAAUUACCCUUUGGGGAGGGCAUCAAAUGGAUUACUGGACUUAGGUUCAGCAGCAAGAAUUAAGUCAGCUGCAUCUAGUUCUUCAGGAACUUCUACUUCUUUAGCUUCUUUUUUUGGCUUAGGUGCUACUGCCUUCUUAGGUUUUUCUUUUUUUACUUGGUUUUUUUUGUCUUCAGAUCCACCUUGUAGUUCAGAGUAAACUUUUUGGUUGAAUUCAGCACUUUUUUGACAAUACUCAAAUGCUCCAAUAAUUUUAACUACUUUUGGUUGAUUAACAAUAGUAUCAAACCAUCUGUUGACAUUGAUGUAUGGUUUUCUAAAA